GAGGGCGGGGAGAUGACUGGAGGGAAUCCUCGGCCCCCAUUGGCUGGCCGCUCGCCGCUGCAGUUGCGCUCCAGCAGCUCCGAGAGCAUUAUUGAUCUGAAGGGUAAAUGUGGAGGGAGCCACAGAGAGGGGUCCAGGCGUUUCUGAGAAGACCGGCAGCCUCUUCCAGGAAGAAAGUGGUGUCUGCUGGCUGCCCAGCUGGGAGAACCUUCUGCGAAUGAUAGGGGACAACAUGCAAGACAGUUUGUUGCUACAGUGAUUUAAAAGAGAGGGGGGAGACAAAAACAGGAGAGAGCGAGAGAGAGAACGAGAGAGAAGGGUCUCACCUUCAGUGCAAGGCUGGGUUGUUGCAUCCUGCUGCUGCUGCUGUUUCUGCUGCUGCUCCCGCUGCUGCCGCCUCUGCCAUCAGCUCUGUUUGGCUCUGUUUGGGAAUAUAUUCCAUUUGGAACUCAAUAACACCUUGGAGUUUUAAAGAAUGCCAGCCUUCUUAAAGACAGUGAGGGGCUCAACAUAAACAGGAAAAAGAAGCACAGCAUGAAGCCACUUGGAAGGUGUUGAUUGAAAACUUAGAUCUCCCCCCACCCCAUUCAGGGUUUAUUUGACUGAUUUCUCACAUCGUUCACAGAGAAUAUUUCAGGGAAGGUCCCUUUAGAUGGAAUAUAAUACUGCACACGCCUUUUCAUCAAAAGGAUUAAUGCCUGCAUUAUCAUUUCUGCAAUAAAACAGAAAACUAAGUGGUGGAAGCCACAGACACCACAAAACUGGAUUCCACAAUUCUACGUUAAGUGCUGGAGUUUUUAUUACUCUGCUGUAGGAAAACCUUUGCCAAUGCUUACAAGGAACUGUUUAUCCCUGCUUCUCUGGGUUCUGUUUGAUGGAGGUCUCCUAACACCACUUCAACCACAGCCACAACAGACUUUGGCCACAGAACCAAGAGAAAAUGUUAUCCACUUGCCAGGGCGGCGAUCACAUUUCCAACGAGUUAAACGUGGCUGGGUAUGGAAUCAAUUUUUUGUGCUGGAGGAAUACAUGGGCUCCGAACCUCAGUAUGUGGGAAAGCUCCAUUCAGACUUGGAUAAGGGAGAGGGCACUGUUAAAUACACCCUCUCAGGAGAUGGUGCUGGCACCGUUUUUACCAUUGAUGAAACUACAGGGGACAUCCAUGCAAUAAGGAGCCUGGAUAGAGAAGAAAAACCUUUCUACACACUCCGUGCUCAGGCUGUAGACAUAGAAACCAGGAAGCCCCUGGAGCCUGAAUCAGAGUUCAUCAUCAAAGUACAGGAUAUUAAUGAUAAUGAGCCAAAGUUUUUGGAUGGACCUUAUGUUGCUAGUGUCCCAGAAAUGUCUCCUGUGGGUGCAUAUGUGCUCCAGGUCAAGGCCACCGAUGCAGAUGACCCGACCUACGGAAACAGUGCUAGAGUCGUUUACAGCAUUCUUCAGGGACAACCUUAUUUCUCUAUUGACCCCAAGACAGGUGUUAUUAGAACAGCUUUGCCAAACAUGGACAGGGAAGUCAAAGAACAAUACCAAGUCCUCAUCCAAGCCAAGGACAUGGGCGGACAACUGGGAGGAUUAGCGGGAACAACAAUAGUCAACAUCACACUCACGGAUGUCAAUGACAAUCCACCUCGAUUUCCCAAAAGCAUCUUCCAUCUGAAAGUUCCUGAAUCUUCUCCUAUUGGCUCAGCUAUUGGAAGAAUUCGAGCUGUGGAUCCUGAUUUUGGACAAAAUGCAGAGAUUGAAUAUAAUAUUGUUCCAGGAGAUGGGGGAAAUUUGUUUGACAUCGUGACAGAUGAGGAUACACAAGAAGGAGUCAUCAAAUUGAAAAAGCCAUUAGAUUUUGAAACGAAGAAGGCAUAUACUUUUAAAGUUGAAGCCUCCAACCUUCACCUUGACCACCGAUUUCACUCCGUGGGCCCUUUCAAGGACACUGCCACAGUGAGGAUCAGCGUGCUGGACGUGGACGAGCCCCCAGUGUUUAGCAAGCCACUGUACACCAUGGAGGUUUACGAGGAUACUCCAGUUGGGACCAUUAUUGGCGCCGUCACUGCGCAAGACCUCGAUGUGGGCAGUAGUGCUGUUAGGUACUUCAUAGAUUGGAAGAGUGAUGGGGACAGCUACUUUACAAUAGAUGGAACUGAAGGAACCAUCGCCACUAAUGAAUUGCUAGACAGAGAAAGCACUGCGCAGUAUAAUUUCUCCAUAAUUGCGAGUAAAGUUAGUAACCCAUUAUUAACUAGCAAAGUCAACAUAUUGAUUAAUGUCUUAGAUGUCAAUGAAUUUCCACCAGAAAUAGCUGUCCCAUAUGAAACAGCUGUGUGUGAAAAUGCCAAACCCGGACAGAUCAUUCAGAUAGUCAGCGCUGCAGACCGAGAUCUUUCACCUGCUGGGCCACAAUUCUCCUUUAGAUUAUCACCUGAAGCUGCCAUCAAACCCAAUUUUACAGUCCGUGACUUCAGAAACAACACAGCUGGAAUUGAGACCCAAAGAAAUGGAUACAGCCGCAGACAGCAAGAGUUGUAUUUUCUCCCUAUUAUAAUAGAAGACAGCAGCUAUCCUGUCCAGAGCAGCACAAACACCAUGACUAUUCGAGUUUGUAGAUGUGACUCUGAUGGUACCAUCCUUUCUUGUAAUGUGGAAGCCAUUUUUCUACCUGUAGGACUCAGUACUGGGGCUUUGAUUGCAAUUCUACUGUGCAUUGUUAUACUCUUAGUCAUAGUUGUGCUGUAUGUAGCUCUGCGACGACAGAAGAAGAAGGACACCCUGAUGACCUCUAAAGAAGACAUCAGAGACAACGUUAUCCACUAUGAUGAUGAAGGAGGCGGAGAAGAGGACACCCAGGCCUUCGACAUUGGUGCUCUGAGAAAUCCGAAAGUGAUCGAAGAUAAUAAAAUUCGCAGGGAUAUAAAACCAGACUCUCUCUGUUUACCUCGGCAGCGACCACCGGCGGAGGAUAACACAGACAUAAGGGAUUUUAUUAAUCAAAGGCUUCAGGAAAAUGAUGUGGACCCAACUGCCCCACCAUAUGAUUCAUUGGCAACAUACGCCUAUGAAGGAAACGGGUCAGUAGCGGACUCCCUUAGCUCCAUAGACUCUCUCACCACGGAAGCGGACCAGGACUACGACUAUCUGACAGACUGGGGACCCCGCUUUAAAGUCUUGGCGGACAUGUUCGGCGAAGAAGAGAAUUAUAAUCCUGAUAAAGUCACUUAGGAAAAAAAAAAAAAGACUAUAACACAACCAACAGGAGAAAUUUAAGAAAAAGAAACAC